AUGGCCUCCACUGUGAAUAACGGGGCGGCCAGCACGCCAUCCCCUGCCGACGCCUCGAAUGGCUUCCCGCAGCCGGGCGCUUCCUCCGGGGCCUGGCCGCGCGCCGAGGAGGAGCUGCGCGCCGCCGAGCCGGGCCUGGUGAAGCGCGCGCACCGCGAGAUCCUGGACCAUGAGCGCAAGCGGCGCGUGGAGCUCAAGUGCAUGGAGCUGCAGGAGAUGAUGGAGGAGCAGGGGUACUCGGAGGAGGAGAUUCGGCAGAAGGUCGGGACUUUCCGGCAGAUGCUGAUGGAGAAGGAGGGAGUGCUCACCAGGGAGGACCGGCCUGGGGGCCACAUCGUGGCGGAGACCCCGCGGGUGACCGAGGGCGCCGAGCUGGGCCUGGAGUACGCGCCCUUCGACGAGGACGACGGCUCGGUGGGCUGCGACUGCCCGGCCGCCUGCUACCGCGGGCAGCGGGGCUACAGGACCAAGCACUGGUCCAGCAGCUCAGCGUCGCCCCCUCCCAAGAAGAAGAAGAAGAAGAAAGGGGGCCACCGGAGGAGCCGCAAAAAGAGGAGACUAGACUCAGAGUGCAGCUGUGGGAGCUUCUCACCCCUGCGCAAGAAGAAGAAAAGUGUGAAGAAGCACCGCCGAGACAGGUCUGAUUCUGGGUCCCAGAGGAAGAGACGGCACAGAUCUCGAAGCCCCAAAAGCAAAAGAAAAGAGAAGAACAAAGAGAAGAAGCGGCCACACGGAGAGUCCUCAGGCCGCAGGUCCCAUCGCCACAGUAGCGGCAGCUCCCACAGCCCCUCCCUCUCUUCUCACUACAGUGAUUCCCGGUCACCCAGCAGGCUGAGCCCCAGGCACCGAGACGACGGGCGGAGGACUGGCAGUCAGCGGUCCAGCGGGAGCCGGUCGCCUUCCCCGUCCGGCGGCAGCGGAUGGGGGUCGCCCCAGCAGAACGGCAGCAGCGGGCAGCGGAGCGGAGCGCACGGGUGCCGCCCGGCGCACACCCCGCCCGAUCGGGGGGCGUCUUGGCCGGGGAGGCGCCCCGAGGGCUCAGUCCGCGCGCCCACGGGUACUAGUGUCCCGAAGCCCAGCUCGCCCUCGCUCAGGGCCCGCGACAAGGCGGAGGCCGCGGCACCCACGCCGCCCGCGCGGGGCAAGGAGAGCCUGAGCCCGCGCUCCGCGCAGUCGUCGCAGGGCCGAGGAGGCCGCGGCAAGAGCUCGUCGCGCAGCCCCGACGCCCACCCCCGCUCGUGGAGCUCCAGCCGCUCGCCCUCCAAGUCCCGCUCGCGCUCCGCGGAGAAGCGGGCCCGCAGCGCCAGCCGCUCGCCGUCGUCCAAGAAGGCUCUGGGCCGGGACAAGGACGCCGAGGGCCGCGCCAGGCACGCCGAGGCCGAGGCCGCCCGCGCCCGGCGCCGCUCCCGCAGCUACUCCCCCAUCCGCAAACGGCGCCGGGACUCGCCCAGUUUCAUGGAGCCGCGGCGCAUCACCAGCGCCCGCAAGCGUCCCAUCCCCUACUACCGGCCCAGCCCCUCCUCCUCCUCCAGCUGCUUGAGCAGCGACUAUUCCAGCAGGAGCCACAGUGACAGAAGCUACAGCAGCCGGAGCCGCGGGACCCACAGCCGCACGCGCAGCCCCUCCCGGACCCCCAGUCCCAGCUACCACAGCCACAGCAGCUCGGAGAGUGGGGGCUUCUGA